AUGUCGGCCGCCGCUCCCUCUAGUGACCCGGUCCAAAACGCAUCUUCAGGGAAAAAGAAGAACAACAAGAAGAAGAAGAAUGCAAACAAGCCCAAGGAACCGAUAGAAACCGACAGCACUACCCCGCAACGCGACGCUGCCGAGGAUGGCGAUGAUGAGCCGGAGACCCCGGUGCAGGACGCCGCACCCACGGAAGAGUCCAGCCCUGACCAGACCGCAGACAAGGACACAACGGCCAAUGGCCAUACCGAGAGGCCGACGAGUAAUGGACAUGCGAACCCGCCGAUAGAGAAGCCGACAGACGAACCGGGAGCUGGGGGAGAUGCCACCGCGAAACUAGACGCCCUCACAAAGGAAAGAGAGGCACUACGAACAGAGGUCGAGACACUGAGGAAGCAGCUGGAGACAAUUCAAGGAACGCACGAUGAAACCAUCUCAAAUCUCAAGACUGAGCUGGAGGAGACGUCAUCGGCCAAGGAGCAGGCGGAGGAGCAGUACCAAAGCCUGUUGGAACGUGUCAAUCACCUCAAGUCGACACUCGGCGAACGUCUGAAGCGCGAUCGAGCCGAACUCGAAGAGGCCAAAGAGCGAAUCGAAGAGCUCGAGGCGCAGAACGAAGAGCUGCAGAAUGGCUCGAGAGCAUCUGAAGAUGAGCUUGCUAAGCUCAAGGAGGAGCUGCAGGAUACCUCGCGCGAGGCGAACAGCCUGCGCAGCCGCAGCAAUUUGUCUCAGCAAAACUGGGUGAAGGAGCGAGAAGAGCUGACACGAGUGGUGGCUAGCCUGAAGGAGGAGGUGGAAACAACGACAAAUGCAAUGGGCGAAUGGGAAGUCAUCGCCAUGGAGGAACGAUCCGUCAAGGAGAGCCUAGUAGAGAAGGUAUCGGAACUGGAGGAGCAGAUUCACAGCCUUAGAGAGGGCUACGAGAGCGCCGCAUCCGAGCGAGAUCACCAGUCGCAGGUUAUCGACAACUUGCAGAAGGCGUUGCGCGAGAUCCAAGAAGCGCGGAAGAAGGAGCUGCGCGAGAUGGUCGAGACGUCAGAGGAGCAGCUCCAGGCCCUGAAGAAGCUGGUCCAAGAUGCGGACGCCAGAGCCACGGAGGCCGAGACCGCCAAGGAUAACCUCACCAAGGAGCUUGAGCGGACAGCGCCGUUCGAAAAGGAGGUCAAGGAGAAGAACCUUCUCAUCGGCAAGCUGCGACACGAGGCCAUUGUACUCAAUGACCAUCUCACAAAGGCCCUCCGCUACCUGAAGAAGACGAAACCUGAAGAUAAUGUUGAUAGACAAGUCGUCACGAAUCACAUGCUCCACUUCCUCACUUUGGACCGCGGAGACCCCAAGCGCUUCCAGAUCCUGCAAGUCAUGGCCGGCUAUCUCAACUGGAACGACGAGCAGCGCGAGCAAGCCGGGCUCGCUCGGCCCGGCACCUCGACAAACAGCCUGCGCUUGCCAGCUUCCCCCUUCCACCGCACGCCGAGCACGCCAUCCCUCAGCGCAGAGUUCUUCUCGGAUACGCCCACGUCAGCCAACAAGGAGUCGCUCGCCGACCUGUGGGCUGGCUUCCUGGAGCGCAGCGCAGAAGAGGGCCUAGACCAGGCUGGAGCGCCGCGAGACCGCAAAGACAGCGCCAGCAGCGCGGCAACGAGGCCUGACACUCGCGGCGGAUAG